GUGUGUGUUUGUAAGUUUUUUACAUUUAUACAACAAAAAAUGUCAUUUCAUCCACUUUUAUUCUUUGCAAGAAUUUAUUACUGAUACAAAAUUCACAAUAAGACUAGGACUUUGUAUUAAGAAGGUAAAUAGGAUCAUCUUUAAUUGUACUUUGCAUUAAUUUAACCAGAAAAAAGUAAAUAAAAAACAUUAAAAAUUGCAUUUAUGCAAAAUGUUAUCAUCUAAUAUUUAAUCUACAGUAGACAUUUAUUAAGGAUAAAGCGUUCAAGGGUAUGACCUUUGAGACCAUUUGAAGAACCAUGCUGUUCUGAAAACUAAAAGCCAGACUGAAAGCGGUGUUUUAUUGCGUCUCUGCUUAUGAAGAAGUCACACAUAACCUGCCAGUGUCCUAAUCUUGUGCUUGUUGCUCGUGGCCGAUUAUCUGGAUCACACUGUGAAUUGCACCCCCUGCUAUUGGUCACGUGACCUGUGCACAAAGAGUCCAGUCUUCUUCGCUUGGUCCAACUUAUUGGUUUUCAAACAAAAAGAAAACAUAAGAGCGAUUGUAAAGAUAAGACUUGGGGAUAAUUAACAGCACAUCCAGACUCAACAAACAUAACCCUCCAUCAUCCAUUGGUUGUGAAGAAGGGAGGAGGUUUGUUGGUGUGAAGCCGAAUGAUUUCUUUGAGUGUGAGUGGAUGUAAAAUGUGCCCUAUGUUGUAUAAAAGGCGACCCAUCUCAGUAACGUGAAGUCCAACCAUGAGUCCAUGCGUCUUCUUAAUCUUGGUGAUUUUGUGGCCAGUAAUGGCUGUGGAGAUGUCCACCUUGGAGGGCCAGCAGAUCCUCCAAGCCUUGCACUGUCCGCCCUGCGAACGCAUCCAUUGUUCCCCUCGUCGAGCGCUGAAGCUCCAGUGUCAGGGUGGAGUCACCACUGGGAUCUGCGGAUGUUGUCCGGCCUGUGCUAAACUCGCGGGAGACAGCUGUGGAGGCACCUGGGACUACCUGGGGAAAUGUGAUGAAGGGCUGGUUUGUAUUUACCCAGAAGAAACAGGUGGAAAACCAGAAGCACAACCCAAGGGAACCUGCAAAUCAGUGCUGGAGGUCCUCAAAGCUGACACCUGCAGACCUGAGUGCACAUGGGAGUUCUGCGAGACAAAUCCCAAUGAAAUAUGCUCGGCCAGGUCUGUAUCGCUGGAGAAGCGUGAGUGUGGAGGACACUGCCAGCACACGACCUGCUCCAGCUGCCUGCUUCUCAGACCUCCGUCUUGUCCUCAGUCCUGUUCCCCGACAGACCACGUGUGUCUGCAUCGCUUCGGCAGGUGUGUGCGAGAAAAACACCCACCCGUCUGCCAUCACAACCUACAGAAUAACUCCGAGGGAUUCUUUGUGUGUUUGGCUCCUGCCUGUCCAACUGCAACUGAUUCUACAUUUUAAGCAGAAUCCAAAUAAUGUAAUCCAAUUCUAAAAUGUAGCAUAAAAGGCAGCUAUUUUUCUUAA